CAGCUCAGUAGCCGGCUCCUGGAACUCAGCGGGUGGCUGCUGCUGAGAAAAGGCCAUGAGGGUGUGCGGGAAGCCCCCUAAACGUGCUCGCAGCCGGACUCCUAGCCCCACUCCCGAGCACGCUGCGGCGCUGGCCGAGUCAGUAGGCGUGGAGCCCGAGGACGAUGCUGAUCCCCAGAGCUGGGAUGCCGAGCGGCUGUGCGCCUUCCUCAGCCACCACGGCUUCAACGACCCCAAGCUGCUCCGCUGCAUCCGAGAAAACUCAAACAGAGGCUCUCUAUCCCACCAUGAUGAAUCACUUGAAAAAUCUGGCAUAAGGGACUCUCCCAGGUCUUCAGAAGAGAGACAGAAGCGAAAUCAGAACAAUGAUGUUUCAAUGAAGAUAUUUAAUGAUCCUAUCCAUGGCCACAUAGAACUUCACCCUCUUCUUAUGCGAAUCAUCGACACACCUCAGUUUCAACGUCUUAGAUAUAUUAAGCAGCUGGGAGGCUCUUACUAUGUUUUUCCAGGUGCUUCACACAACCGAUUUGAGCAUUCUCUAGGUGUUGGGUAUCUAGCAGGAUGUCUGGUCCGGGAACUGCAAGAAAAACAGCCUGACCUCAAUAUAACUGAGCGGGAUCUGCUUUGUGUUCAGAUUGCUGGGCUCUGUCAUGAUCUAGGUCAUGGACCAUUUUCACACAUGUUUGACGGAAGGUUUAUUCCCCUUGCUCGCCCAGACUUUAAUUGGAAGCAUGAAAUAGCUUCAGUUCAGAUGUUUGAGUACCUGGUUAAUGCCAAUGGAAUUGAGACUGUAAUGAAGAAAUAUGGACUUAUCCCAGAAGAGGACAUAUGUUUUAUCAAAGAACAAAUUGCAGGGCCUCUUUAUUCACCAGUAAAGAGUCCUUUGUGGCCAUAUAAAGGGCGACCUGAAGAAAAAGGCUUUCUUUAUGAGAUAGUGGCUAAUAAACGCAAUGGCAUUGAUGUGGAUAAAUGGGAUUAUUUUGCCAGGGAUUGCCACCAUCUUGGAAUUCAAAAUAACUUUGACUAUAAACGCUUUAUUAAGUUUGCUCGUGUAUGUAAAGUAAAGGAUACGAAACAUAUUUGCACCAGAGACAAGGAAGUUGGAAAUCUGUAUGACAUGUUCCACACACGCAAUUGCCUGCACCGAAGAGCUUACCAGCACAAAGUCGGCAACAUUAUUGAAACCAUGAUUACAGAUGCCUUCCUUAAAGCAGAUCCCUACAUACAAAUAGAAGGUACUGGAGGAAAAAAGUACACACUUUCUACAGCAAUUGAUGAUAUGGAAGCCUACGCUAAACUUACAGAUCACGUCUUUCAGGAGAUUCUGUAUUCUAGUGAUCCCAGAUUGGCCGAGGCACGAGAGAUUUUACAAAAAGUUGAAUGUCGUAAACUAUACAAGUUUGUGGGCGAGACUCAGCCAAAAGGGAAAGAGAUUAAAAUGGAGGAAUAUGAUCAACUUCCAAAGGAUGUUGCUGCAUCCGUACCAGAAGGUAUAACCCUACAAGUUGAAUUAAAGGCUGAAGAUUUCAUAGUUGAUGUUAUUAACAUGGAUUAUGGAAUGAAAGAAAAAAAUCCUAUUGAUAAUGUUCGUUUCUAUUGUAAGGGUGACCAAAGUAAAACAGUCAUGAUUACAAAAGAUCAGGUUUCACGGCUUCUACCUGAAAAAUUUGCUGAACAGCUUAUCCGAGUAUACUGUAAGAAAACAGAUAAGCAAAGUUUAGAUGCUGCCAGUCAAUAUUUUGUUCAGUGGUGCAUAAACAAAAACUUCACCAAACCUCAGAUUUCGUUCACUCUUAUUUCUGAAUAAACAAGACUUUAAGAAGGUCUUGCUAUAAAAGGCCACUUUCCCAAGGCACUGCUCCGAUGGGGGAAUAAGUUUCUGCUGCCUCAACAAAAUAGACUGCAUCAAGACGUUGUUCAAGCGAAAGGAUCAGCCUUCGCUGCCACCCUUGUGACUUCCUUGGUGGCUUUCAGGCACAGGCCAGUGUAGAAUCUCCUUUUUCCCAGGGUGCCCAGAGUGGGAAUGGAUAAAAAACCCUGGGCUUCUGCUCAGCCUUCAUCAUGCAUAUGUGCGUGCCAGUAUAGCCUACCUUGUCCACUUUUGUCUGGUCUAGGCCUUGCUGGCAGGGGAGAAGGGAAGUGCAGGCUGCAUCCUCGAAGCAGUUGUCCCCAGACCUUUCCAGACUGUCCUUUGGGAGGUAAAAUCUUCCAUGUCCUUCAACAGUACCUCCUUCAUGAAACCUUCCGUGAUCCCCCAUCUGAAACAAUCUUUGCCUCUUCUGUUUUUUUUGUGGCACCUUAUAGACCUGUCAUGUUCUGUGUUGUCCUGUAGUCUGAUAUGCCUCCCUUGCUAGAUUAUAAAAUCCUUGGGAGCAGAGAGCACUUCUCAUUAUCUUUCUAUCUUCCCCAGUACCUAACAUGGGGCCUUACACACAAUAGGCACUUUAAAAAGUGUUUGUUAAAUUGAUGAGAUCACAGUGCAAUGUCAUCCACUGGCCUAUAUCUUCAAGUGGAUUGUCAGCCUUCUUUCCCUAGUCCAGUGAGUGUUCAGGCUCCCACUUUGAGGGUCAGACUGGAAGUACUUGAUAGACAGUCACCAAGUGAAUACAGGAUCACCUCUCAAAAGCAUGGCUGGGUGGCACCUGAGUGCAAAUGGCCUCAGGCACUUUCUAGCUGAGGGACCCUGAGCAAGUCACUUAACCCCAAUUGCCUUAAUUUUUUUAAAAAGUGGAUAUAACUUCAGAAUUAUCUACACAUUAUCUUCCCUCAAAAUAGAAGACAUUAGGUUGAUUUGGUCAACUGAAUAAGAAAAUGCAGCCCCUGAUACCCUUUCUCCAGUCCUCUUUGUUAUAUUACAUAACACUUGAUUUUCUUGAGUGAUUUGUCCAAGGUCACACUUCAGUGACAAGAAGAAAUGGGAUGGGGAGGCGAGGUUGGCCAAAAAAAAAAAGAUUGAGCUCAGAAUUACCGUGCUGUAUAAGUGCUUUUUAUUAAGGUUAUGUAUCCAAAAUCAAGGGCAAGAAUGUAAUGGCAAAGAUUGUCUUAUUUCUGCAACAUGCUAUUAUUGAAUCAUACUUAACUCUGGAAUUUAUAUUCUACUACUGCAUUAUUGUAACGCACACAUUGGGGAAGUUGGGGCAAAAGAUCAGAGCCUGCUGUUUGCAUUUCUGUCCAUUUGAGGCAGAUGUACUCUAUAUUAUGAUGUUUGCCUCCCUGCUUAGGCUAUCAGAUUUGGAUUUUACUUAGGAAACACCUUUGAUGUUUAUGCACAAAGAUUUUGGUAUCUCAGCCACUGAAAUUACAGAAGUUUCUCUUCUUAAGAACAUUGCAUUUUUAAAAUCAAUUACUGUGACAGAUGUGUAAAAAUAUUGCAAUAAAGUUUUGUGAAUGUAUCUACAACCAGA